AUUGGUAAUGGAAGACGAAGUGCGUAUGGAUGGAGAAGGAGGUUCCGAUAGUCUUGUUGAGAAUCCGAACGGAUCUGCAUCCGCGACUGCUGAUAACCACUUGUUUGGUAUGAUCCAAGCUCAAGUGGAAGCCAUUCGCAACCACUCGGGUAGACAAGCUCAGGUGAACGGGAAGCGCUCUUGUGAGGAUAUGGUUCAGAAUCCCAGUUCUUCGUCAGCAACUACCGGAACCACUAGUGUUCUUGGUACCGAAGCUAAAUGGGAAGGUAAUGCUGUAUCGUUUGACUAUGAUGAAGUUAACGCACAAUGGGUUGAGAAUCCCAGCUCUGCAUCAGCAACUGCUGGAACCACUUGUUUGCUUGGUUCCGGAGCUGAAUGGGAAGGUUACGCUCGAUCGUUUGACUAUGAUGAAGGCUCCGAUGUUCUCAAUCGCACCUGUGAUGAUAUUGUUGAGAAUCCAAACGGCUCUGCUUCAGCAACUGCUCGUAACCAGGGGCGGACCUAG